CGAAGCAUAUAAACAUAACUUUCCGACUCUUUCACAAAACCCUAAAAAUCCAAAAACCCUUCCGGUUUUGGAUCGAGGGCAUUUUUUUCCCUUCCCUUCCUCCUAUACAAACCAGACUUUCUUCUGGAAUAGAGGUGAAAGAUGCAACACGACGAAGUGAUAUGGCAGGUCAUCAGGCACAACCACUGCAGUUUCAUGACCAAAAUCACAACUGGGAACUUUUGCCGUAAUCCCUAUAACGUAACUGGGAUUUGCAAUCGCAGUUCCUGCCCUCUGGCCAAUAGUCGCUACGCCACAAUUCGAGACCAUGAUGGAGUGUUUUAUCUAUACAUGAAAACCAUUGAAAGAGCCCAUAUGCCAAACAAAUUAUGGGAACGGGUUAAAUUGCCACGAAACUACGGAAAGGCUCUUGAGCUUAUUGACAAGCAUCUAAUGUUUUGGCCGAAGUUGCUUGUUCACAAAACAAAGCAGCGUCUCACUAAAAUGACUCAGAUGCGAAUUCGCAUGAGGAAGCUUGCAUUGAAAACAAGGGAGAAGAUAAUGACCACACCUAGGAAAGAGAAGAAGAGAGAGGCUAGAAGAGAGGAAAAGGCCGAAAAAGCUGCGGUUUUGGACAAGAGCAUUGAGAAAGAAUUGCUGGAACGUCUUAAGCGUGGAGUUUAUGGUGACAUAUACAACUAUCCUGUUAAAGAAUAUAAUAAAGUUCUUGAUAUGGAAGGACUACAAGCUGCUAGUGAAGAUGAAGAAGAGGAGGAGCCUGAAAUUGAAUAUGUUGAAGGCUAUGAAGAACUUGAAGAAGAAGAUGAUAUUGAAGAUUUUGGUGGCCCUGAGAUUGAUGAGUCUCUCAAGGAUGAAGAUCUCGAUGAUGAUAUGGGUGAAGAUGAUGAGGAGAUGGAUUUAAUUGACCGAAAGAGAGUGAGAAGAGGAUCUGGGUCAGCUCAUGGAAAGCUUGACAAAGAUGAACGAGGCGCAAAUUUGAAAAAGAGACCGAGGGUACUUGUUGAGGUUGAACAUGAAGGAACUGAUGAAAGACAGAAGGCAAUCCAAUGAAGGAGCUUGUGAUUUGGAUCUUCAAUCCACUUACAGCAUGACAACAAUUAUCCUCAUCAGUCAUCACAGAUCGAUGAACCUUACCAAGGAGGGGGAAACAGCCAGAGAAAGAAAGAGUUUUGGAUGCCUGUGACUAAUAUUAGUCCCAAGCUCGAUUUUGUUAGGGGGUAAUCAUGAAAAUGGUGAUUGUAUAACAAUAUGGAGUUGAAAAUUAUUAUCUGAGGCCAUUCAGUGUUGUGUGCUGUGAUUCAAUUCAGGAGUCUUCUGUUCUCGAAA